AUGGGCUUCUUCAUCCGAAGUCUCCAUCGACAGUUGGAGCAGCUGCACCAUGAACAAUCUGGUACAUCUAACAAAGUGUUUAUUGUUUAUCGUGAUGAGAGCCUCAGCGGUGAGAACUUCCAGCAUCUACUUAACACGAAAGACGGUCUUCUUGCGUUCAAUACUUUUUUAUCGACUAGUAUAGUAGGUAUUGUUGGUCCAGUAGGUUCUGGUAAAUCGUCUUUACUUGUUGCUAUUCUUGGUGAAAUGAAUAUUAUCAAUGGUAAACUUAACACAAAUGGUAGUACAUUUGCUUAUACUUCUCAAUCAUCAUGGAUAUUUGCUGAUACACUUCGCAAUAACAUUCUUCUCAAUCAAACAUUUGAUCAACAACGUUAUCGAGAUAUAAUAUAUGCAUGUUGUCUUGAUGUUGAUCUUGGUUUACUUGGAUCUAGUGGUGAUUUAACAAUAAUUGGAGAAAGAGGUGUGAAUAUAAGUGGUGGACAAAAAGCUCGAGUAUCAUAA